GAUCGGGUGUCGUUGCUUUUAAACUACCUAUUUCCAACAUAUUGAUCCCGAACUUGAUGUCAAUAUCUAUGACAGGCAACAUGGUGACGAUGUACAGGCUUCUGACAGUUUUCUGUGUUAUAUAUGUAUUGGGUCUCGUUGAAGGACUACGUUGCUACCUGUGUACGUCAAAAGAAGACCCACAAACGUGUAGCUACGACCAGUUUGACUACGGUAAACACGGUAACAGCAUCAUAACAACAGCCCCGCACGACUCGACCAAUGGUGCCUGUGAGAAGUGCACCAAGGGGUAUUUUUACCACGCAAUUGACAUGAGAACAUACUAUGCCCACAGCUGCGAGCCCGCCAGUACGCCGCUGAAGGAGGGUUGCACCGAUGAUGGCCUCUCAUGCGCAUGCGCACAAGACCUUUGUAACCAUGGCAAUCAACUGGUGGCACCAACGUUUGUUUUGUGUUAUGUGGUUAUGCUUCUAUGCAAUGGCAUAUACUCUUUUUGAGCGGCAAGCAAUUCAUGCAGUCAAGUUCAUUUCUAGUAAAUUUGUUAUCUGUUCUUUGAUGUAAACUUGAGUGUUCAGAAAGCUAAUAACAGACAAUUCACUCUCCAGUCAGUUUCCUGUUUACAGGAUGACAUCAAGUUAUUAUGUUUUGCGUGUUUCUGCUGUUUUUUAUCUGUUAUUUCUGCUGUUUUUUUAUCUGUCAUUCCUUAUAAAAUUCAUUGAGUAACAUUGUGUCAAAUAAUACAUUAGUUUGA